UAAAAAAUGGAUAACCAGACAUCAGUUUCCGAGUUUCUUCUCUUGGAAUUCACAAGGAUUCGGGAACUACAGAUCAUGCAUUUCAUCUUCUUUCUGAUAUUGUACUUGGCAACAGUUACAGAGAAUCUUCUCAUCAUUGCUGCAGUAGCUUUUGACCCCCACCUUCACACCCCCAUGUACUUCUUUCUGAUGAACUUGGCCAUGCAGGAUAUAGGUUCAGUUUCAGUCAUUAUCCCCAAAUCUGCGAUUAGUUCCCUCAUGAAUAGUAACCACAUUUCUUAUUCUGGAUGUGUUGCACAAAUCCUCUUAUUUGUGUUCUUUGUUGGAUCUGACAUUGCUCUCCUUACAGUCAUGGCCUAUGAUCGGUAUGUUGCCAUUUGCAAUCCAUUGCAAUAUGAAAUGGUGAUGAACAGGGUAGCCUGCACCCAAAUGGUUGGGUGUGUAUGGAUUGCUUGUCUUCUCAACGCAGUGUUACACACUGGUGGAACGUUUGCAAACACUUUCUGUUCCAACGUUGUGAACCAGUUCUUCUGUGAAAUUCCACAUUUACUCAAGCUUGCUUGCUCUGAUGUAUAUGUAAUUGAAGUUGGAGUUGUUGUUUUUAGUAUUACAAUUGGCUUUAGCUGCUUUAUCUUUAUCAUUGUCACUUAUGCACAGAUCUUCACUGCUGUUCUGAAAAUCCCUUCAGUUCAGGGAAGGAAAAAGGCCUUUUCAACUUGUCUACCACACCUCGUUGUUUUCACCCUAUUUUUAUUAAUGGCAUGCUUUGCUUAUCUCAGGCCCACCUCUAAUAAACCAACACAUCUGGAUUUAAUAUUAACUAUAAUAUAUUCCAUUAUUCCACCUGUGCUGAAUCCUUUAAUCUACAGCAUGAGGAACAAGGACAUCAAGGCUGCCUUGUUAAGGCUUUUGGGUCAGAAAUAA